AUGGUCAAUACAGGACAUCCGAGCAGAGCUUGUAAGCUCUGCCGCGCGCGAAGGAUCAAGUGUGACGAGACGAAGCCGUUCUGUUUGAAGUGCGCCAAGUCAAAGAGAGUGUGCCCGGGUUAUCGCGACGCGUUCGAGAUAAAUCUGCGCGACGAGACCCAGUCUACGAUUCGCAAAGCCAAGUCGGCAGCUCUACGAAAGGCCAUCCGUGAAGGACGUGCAACGGAGCAGGAUGCCGAGAAUGAGAUCCAAAGCCAGACGGAAAGUCAGAGUCAGAGUCAGGGUCAGGGCCAGAGCCAGAACCAGAGCCACAGUAACUCAAAGGUGACAGAAUGGACGCCGCCGGCGCCAUUGCAUCAUCAUAAUAAACAGCAAAUCAUCGCUAUACCGGAGGACGACUGGUUGGACAGGUAUUCCUCGUCGUCGUCCUCCUCCGAUGGGUCGCCGUCAAUGUCGUAUGCGUCGUCACUAUCGUACAUCAGCAACCAAGCCCCCGACUCAUUCGUGUCUUUCAAAGAGCUGGAGAUGACGGCGUACGGCAUGCCGCAUUCCUUGCAGACGCCGCUCGAUCAGCAAGCAACCUGCUUCUUCCUCGCAAAUUACGUCCUCGCGCCGCCAACCGGCGUCGGGCGCGGAAUCCUCACCUUCAUCCUCCCGCUGUUAAACAUCCCUAGCUUCCAGUACUCCCCGUUGCAUUCAGCCUUCUCCGCCGUGUCAAUGGCCGCGCUCGCAGGGAGGCCGAAUUCGCGGCGCCUCUUUUCCAUGGCACACCUCCAUUACAGCAAAGCCCUAGAAGACCUGACACGAGCCAUGCAGGACAAGGUCGCCGUACGGCAGGACACGACGCUCGCGUCGGCGAUUCUGCUUGCGUUCUACGAGGGGUUGGUGUCAGACGACGUGGAGAUGUCGGGAUUCAAGAAGCACAUAUCUGGAGCGACGGCAAUCGUGAAGCUCCGGGGACCUCAACAAACGCAAACCAAUGUGGGAUUGAGCAUGUUUGAAUUCGUCCGAGCAACAUCGAUACGGCAAUACACAUUCUUUUCCAACAUAUCGAUUGAGGACUUGACAUGGUGGGCGCGCCAAGCAGUCUGCGACACGGUCGGCCACCAGGCGCUCGUGCUGAACCUGCAGACGACUCUGAUCCGUGCAGAGGCUGACAGCUUGCUGAAGGGGGGCAGGACGACUGACAAGAUUGAUAAAGCUCUGAAGCUACUCCAGAGGGCGCGCAAGAUGGACGACGAGCUAGGCUUGUGGUUCGACCACUGCCCGCCGGCAUGGAGGAAAGUGGUCUCGGGCUCCGCGAUCGACGUGCCCGAGGACAAGAUCGGGCUCGUGUCGGCGUUCCCGGGACCCAUCUACGACUAUCCCAACGUGUGGGCCGCGGGGAAGCACAUCAACACCCACGUCUCGAGGCUGCUGCUCAACCAGGUCAUCGUCCGCUGCAUCGCCUGGGUCUGCGCGCCGAGCGACCACACGCUGACCAGGGAGUACAUCGACGCCAGCAAGAUUGGAAAGGAGCAGGUGGCGGACAUCAUUUCGAGCACGCCUUACUUUUUCGGUUGGACGGGAGACGCCCUGAGCACUCCGUAUUUCCCUUGCGGGACGUCCGAGAUGCCCAAGGGAAUCGCCGGCGUCUCCUGCAUGUGGCCGCUGCUCGCAACAGGCUCGAGUCGAUUCGCAACGAGGAAACAGCGCAUUUACGUAAAGGCGCGACUUGCAAAGAUUGCAGAGGAAAUGGGGAUCCGGCAAGCCGAUGUGUUUUCAAAGGUAAACUUUCACCUCCCAUCUUCGUCUCCCGACAAGCGUCUCCAAACGCAGUUUGCUAACUAUUCGCAGCAAAUAUCGUCAGGUACGCCUGAAACAGACCUCGUAAACAGUUACUGUCCAGACACUUAUCUUCACUUGCGUAAAUAG